GUUAUAAACCAAGCGUGACUCUCUUUUCAAGUCAUUGAGACAAAAAGUGGCUAUGGCAAAGAACAUUUUGGUGACUGGUGGUGCUGGUUUUAUUGGAAGCCACACUGUGCUAGAGCUACUACUGGGAGGCUACAAUGCAGUGGUGGUGGACAAUCUCAACAAUUCCUCUGACGUUGCCAUCACGAGAGUCAAAGAGCUCGCCGGCCAGUACGGCAACAACCUUUAUUUUCACCAGCUUGACCUUCGAGACAAACCUGCGCUGCAAAAUGUAUUUACGGAAAGAAAAAUCGAUGCUGUCAUACACUUUGCUGGAUUGAAAGCCGUAGGUGAAAGCAUGAAGAAACCAUUGAUGUAUUACAGCAACAAUAUCGUUGGAGCAAUCACGUUGUUGGAAGUAAUGGAAGCCUAUGGAUGCAAAAAUCUAGUAUUUUCAUCAUCAGCUACCGUCUACGGUUGGCCAAAGGAGGUUCCAUGUAGAGAAGAGUUCCCUGUGUCUGCUAUCAAUCCUUAUGGAAGAACCAAGCCUAUAAUUGAAGAGAUUUGUAGGGACAUACAACAUGCAGACCCAGAGUGGAAGAUCAUAUCGCUGAGAUACUUUAACCCUGUUGGUGCACAUCAAAGUGGCUAUAUCGGAGAACAUCCCCGUGGAACUCCAACCAAUCUCAUGCCUUACAUGCAGCAAGUUGCAGUUGGGAAACGACCUGCCUUGACUAUCUUCGGGAACGAUUAUUCCACCAAAGAUGGCACUUGCAUACGUGAUUAUAUCCAUGUUGUUGAUUUAGCACAAGGUCAUAUCGCUGCACUGCGAAAACUAUCUGAUCCGAAACUAGCCUGUGAAGUCUACAACUUGGGAAGUGGGAAAGGAACAUCAGUUUUGGAGAUGGUUGCUGCAUUUGAAAAGGCAUGUGGGAAGAAAAUUCCUCUUGUUAUUGCUGCCAGGCGACCCGGUGAUGCUGAAAUACUUUAUGCUUCUACUGAAAAGGCAGAGCGUGAGCUGAACUGGAAAGCCAAAUACAGCAUUGAGGACAUGUGCAGGGAUCAAUGGAACUGGGCCAACAACAACCCUAUUGGUUACCAAUCUCCUGAGAAAAAAGCCCACAACAUUACAUGCUUAAAUUCACCCAACUUCUAGGAGUCUGCAGCGACAUCAAUUUUAAUAUACCAAUAGCAUGUUUGUCCUGCCCAGCGAUGAUGGUCGAAAGACUAUGCUUCUUUGUUUCAAAGGCUUCUUAUCUAUUAACUAAACAUAUAAUCGCACCAUAUAUGUUUGGUGUUAUGUCA